AUGACGACCCCUACAAAGAACUUCCAUCGCGUGCCAGACGCAACGCCUAUUGAAGAGGAGCUUCUUCCCCGGUAUAAGGCAGAAGACUACUAUCCUGUUACGACAGACCAGACUCUCAAUUCGCAAUAUCGCAUCAUCUGCAAACUUGGUCGUGGGGUGGGGUCGACAGUCUGGCUGGCCAAAGACGUGAAAACCUCCCAAUAUCGAGCUGUAAAGGUUUGCACCCGAACUACAGACGGUGCAGUUCCCGCACAAGCCAGCCAAGAGAUCGGCGUGGCCGGGUAUCUCCAGACAGCUCCUGUCCAGGAGCACCCAGGCAGACGUAGCGUUCGCACAGCUAUAGACUCUUUCACUCUCAACGGUCCUCAUGGAACUCAUACAUGCCUUGUCUAUGUGCCCCAAGGAAUGACUUUCACUGAACUCCGCGAGUACUUACCAGGGAACAGACUAGCAAAACGGAUGCUACAGACGAGCGUCCAAGUUCUUCUGAUCGCGAUGGAUUAUCUUCACAAAAACAGCAUUGUUCACACCGAUAUUUCUCCGAAUAAUAUCCUUGUUGGCGCAACAGACGACACGCCAUUCUCUCAACUAGAGAAGGACGAGCAUGCGCGCCCUGUUGCGAGGAAGGUUCUCCCCAAUAGAACAAUCUACAUGUCCCGUCCAGUGCCUCGGACCAAUGGGCCGCUUGUGCUGUCUGAUAUGGGCUCAGCAAGAUUUGGUCAGGAGACUUUUAUGGGCGACAUUAUGCCCGACGUCUACAGAGCCCCGGAGGUUAUUCUGGGCAUGGAGUGGUCCUCCAAAGUUGACUUGUGGUCGGUUGGUGUUAUGAUCUUUGACCUUUUAGAAGGGAAGCCACUGUUUCAUGCGAAAAAAAACGGCGUUCUUGAUGAUGAGCAGCACUUGGCGGAAAUGGUGUCUCUGAUGGGCAACCCGCCGCCCAAGUUCUUGCGACGCAGUACGAUCGGCGCGAGGUUCUUCGACGAUGCGGGCAACUGGAAAGGCUCCAUUCCUAUCCCGAACCAGUCCUUCGAAGACCGCAUCACCCAGAUUCAUGACGAGGACAAAGAGCUUCUGCUUGGAUUUGUGCGCAGCGUGCUUUGUUGGCUGCCCGAGCAGAGGCCGACAGCCGAAGAGAUGGCAUAUGAUGAUUUUCUCAUGCAAGCAUACUUUGCCGCACAGACAAAAAAUUAA